UUGUUCUUGAUGUUGAACUAACUUGUGUGGCAUCCAGACAGCAAUAUUUCGGAGGGCACCUGGGUAGAGCUAUACACAGGUCAGUAACUCUUUAAUUCUGCUCCCAACCCUGUCCACCCCCAUGCAAUGCCAUGUAGUGUGUGGACGGAGGAAUCCAGCUGCACUGUGCUCAACUCCACCAUCGUGGCAGAGAUUAACUGUACCUACAGCUGUGGCUCCGAGUGCUGGAAAAGCUCCAAGUACCCAUGCCUACAGGUGUUUGUCAGUCUCAACACAUCCGGGAAGGUCGUCCGACUCUCCCACAAUGAGGAGGCACAGGACACCAACCCAGAGUGCUUCUAUGUGCCCAAAUGUCGGAAGGACUACAAUGCGAUCCAUACUGUAGUCAUGAACAUCUCGGAGCGUCUGAAAACACAGCAGCAGGUGCUGUGUUACAUGGACCCAGGUGAACAGCAGGACAAUGCUCUACUGACACGCAUCUAUGGACGAUUGGCAGUGUUCCACUCACUCUUUUGGCCCACCUGCACCCUCAUUGGUGGAACCAUCAUCAUCGCCAUGGUGAAGCUCACCCAGUACCUGUCCAUCAUGUGUGAACAGGUGGGCAGGAUCAAAAGGUGAGAGAAAGGCCAGCGACAGGGGACAGGGGCCAGGCUACAAGGCCAGGGGAGAGGGGCCAGGCUACAAGGCCAGGGGACA